AUGGAAGCCGGUGAAGAUGGUGCUUCCCUCUCCCCUGAUCCACGUCCGCUGACGGGCGUUUCACCCCUCCAUUCUCGCGCCCUGAUCUCAUGCAGUUUCUGCCGCAAGAGGAAGAGAAAAUGCGACAAGACUCUCCCCGACUGUUCCUUCUGCCGAAGACACAGGAGGAGAUGUGUGUAUCCCCAGCGCAGAGCGCCGCUCCUGACAGUGGAGGAAGUGUCUCUGUCUCCGUCCGCAAAAACACAUGUCGAACCUCAUCCAUCAGAGGCAGUGGUUGUCUACUUUCUGGACCACAAUAUCUUCAGAUGCGGACAGAUGGUGGUCACAGACGUCCACCCCGCCGUUCCCGAAAGCGUCUUGAGCCUCUUGGGGGAUUUUGCGUCCGUCCAGAAGGACGCCGCAGAAUAUUUUAGGACCGUCCACUGUUGGUGGUCUAUCAUUUCCAAGCAUUCUUUUUACAACCAACUACUAAAUCCUCUCGUGCCAAGGCAAGGAGAUGUCAGUCUGCUCUUACUUUGCAUGAAAUUGAUUAUCUGGAGGCCGUCCGAGGAAAGGCAAGACCCACGCACUGCGUUGUAUCUUGCUGCGAAACACUAUUCGACAGAGCUGGAGGUGGCGGGAGUCUUCAGCAUCCGUGGGUUACAGGCAGCUGUGCUGAUUGCAGUCUACGAAUACGCCCAUGGGAUCUACCCGUCUGCAUUCCUCUCUGUCGCCUCCUGCGCCAGAUAUGGGAGAGCUCUUGAUAUCAACCUGACUCUGACAGACACUUCUGGGGUGACCAUGGACUGUUUUGGAUCAGAAGAAAAGAGACGGCUGUGGUGGGCAAUUCUCAUUCUCGAUCGUUUCGCAAAUAUAAGCGGUCCGGGAAGACGCGACUUCGAGAUUGAUGAUCCAAGUCCAAGAGAUCUUCUACCCGCCGAUGAUGCGGCCUGGGACGCGGGCAUGGUUACCGCAUACGAUGGAAUGACCAUCUCGUGUCCGUCGACGGAGCGAAUGGGUAGAUUUGCAAAAUUGGCACAGGCGACACAUCUCCUCUGUCGAGUCCUCCGGCAUGUUGGCGAUCGGGCAAUGGACCCAGAAUUCCGUGAGAGCCAGGAGCGUCAACUAGAGAAGGCAAUUCAAAUGUCAAUCCGCAUGGUCAGUGGCGUCCUUAAAGGUCCCGCAGGCGCUCAUGCCCAAAUCUGUUAUAGAGGAAGUUCCCUGUUCGUCCUUUAUGACGACGCCUUCAACAUCGAGCCAUCAACUCCGGCUGAGCUCAUACGGCGCGAUCAUGCGCGCGAUUUGCUAGAGCGAGUCUCGAAGACCUGCUCGACCUCCUCGGGUCACUUCCUACAGGGUAAUGCACUCCCUGUCGAGAUGGUAGCUCCGUUUGUUCUGCAUUGGAAGUAUCGAGCAGCAUCCUUUUAUGUCCGUAUGGGCAGAGAGAGCUCCAACAGCGAUCAUGCAAGGAACUUAGAGAUUCUCAAGAUGGGACUGAAGAAACUUGAUGCUAGGUGGAAGAUUGCAGGUAUUUGA